AAUUAAAAUAAUAUUAUUAUUUAAUAUUGACAAUGUUUGAUAAUAUUUUAAUUUAAUAAUUUAUUAGGUCAGGAGUUGAUAUUAUUACCAAAUACUAUUCAUUUUUAGUAUUUGCUAUUACUUAGUAGUAAAAUAAAAAUAUAAAUUAUAUUUCAAACUGUUAUUUAAUAUAUAACAUUAUUAUACAAUUAAUUAGAAAAUUAUGACUCUAAAAACGGUAGUUGUCACUGGUUUUGGACUUUUCCAAGACUAUACAGUGAAUGCAAGUUGGGAGGUAGCUCAAGUAUUACCGGAAACGGGCAUUGCUGAAGAAUUAAACAUAAAUUUGGUCACAAUCAAUAUUCCUGUAUCUUACAAAGAUGUUGAUCAGAUUGUGCCGACACUCUGGGUUCAACAUGAACCUGCACUAAUGGUUCAUUUGGGUGUAUCGCACUCGGCUAAAAUGUUGACUGUUGAGUUGGUCGCUAAUGGGCAUGGUUAUUGUAGUAUGGAUAUUCACGGGAACGGUCCUGAUGAUAAGUGUUUAAUUAAUAAUGUAAUUGCAACUGGCUUGAAAAUGGAAUGCACUGAUGAAUUAGAUAUAUGCACGUCUCGAGAUGCAGGAAGGUAUUUGUGCGAGUACAUUUAUUAUAAGUCACUAUGUAUUAAUAAAGAUCAGACUAUAUUUAUUCAUGUGCCACAAUUGGACCAAGAUAAUACAGCUCAGAAACUAGCUGAAAAACUUAAAUGUGUUAUUAAAAAAUUAUUGGAACAAGUUACAAUAUGAUUUGAUAAAAUAUUCCUACUUUUAAGUAAUAUGAUAUUUAUAAGGUAUAUAUUUAUAAUACAUUCAUACAAUUUGUGGUAAUUUUUUCCGUAUUAUAGUAAUUAUUUUUACCUAUGUUGUUUAUCUUGAUAUUUUUUUACAUUUUUAAUCUUGUGACUAUUAAUACAAAUUUUGAGACAAUCAUUUCAAUAAGUGGCUGUAUAUGGUGAUUAUAUGAAGUAUGAAUUCUAUAGUGGUAUUAAAUUAAGUUAUUUGUAAGCAUUCAAAUAUUUAAUCUAAUAUAUAAACAUUAGAAUGAUAUAUAACUCUUUACAAAUGAUUAAUCAGUAUAGGUGCUUACUGCUUAUCUAUAUGAUUAUUAAUGUACAUAUGUCUUUUAUGUAAUUAAAGAACAAAUUAUUAAUUUUAA